GGUCAAGUAUCUAAAGUGUCCUGACCCAAAGAAGCUAUAAAAGGAUUCUCGCGAUCGCUUUCUUUAAACUACUGAUUUUUUCUUGCGCUUGACACCAACCAUGAGGUUUGAAGUGCUCGUCGUUUUGGCGUUGAUGUUCGCCAUCUUCUCGGACGGUUGUCGCAUCCCAAGCGAACCAACCAACCUGGCUGCUCAUGACAUCCAAAGCCGUACCCUGACUAUCUCUUGGAGAAGACCUAAACAUGCUUGUAACAGCACCCAGCUCAACUACACUGUAUACUACAAGGUACAAGGGGAACGAGUUCUCCAAGAAGUUGAGGUAGUGAGUGUUACCAAGGUGAAGCUGUUCGUAAAACCAUAUAGGAAAUAUGAGAUCUUUGUUAUGGCCAGGAAUAGAGAGGGUUUUGGACCACCUUCAGUAAAGACCUACGCUUUAACUUUACAGGAAGUUGAACAGGAAGGUGGCUCCUGCGUCAGUGAUUGGGUCAAGAUGAGCCAACAUGUGGUUUGUUUCGAAGCAAAAGGAAACAGCUUUGGUUCUUUCCAUAACAAUGUCAGAUCUGGUUUAGUAGUGGCGAUCAAGCUUGAGCACGUGUACGGACACGUUAGCUGUGCCGGUACGAGCCACAACAGUCAUUGGGGGUGUGGAAAUCUAAAUGGUAAAUACGGGAUCAAUUCCCUUAACGUGGUGGUAACCGAUCAACUCAACCGCAUCAUUUUUCCAAAGGAACAAUAUAUUGGAUUGCCACCCCGCAUAUGGUAUGGAAUGCCAUUUAUGGACACGGCGUCUUCCAAAGAACUUAUCUUCACCGACUUUGCCCAGCCUUUCUACUUUCCCGAGGGAAAGCAGAUGAGAAUCUGGUACGGMGAGGAUCUGAAAGACAGCAGUGAAAGUGACAAUGUCGGACGCGCGUGUGUAAACGUCUAUGCAAAAUUUAUUGCAUGAACUCGUGAAGACAGUAAAGCAAAUACUUUUGUUAAAUCAUUCAUCAAUCAAGUUAUUCAUUUAGUAACUGGAGUUGAUUGCAUGAUACAGGAAACACCUAAAAAAUGAUUCAUUGUUAGAACUUAAAACUGCAAUUAAAAUUAAAAUUGAGAGAA